GAGCAAGACAACAUGAGUUGAUGUGAACAGAGCCGAUAAUUAACCGCUGUCCGCAUAUCGUCGCACCGAAUAGUCCGAACAACAGCUCAGAAUAGGUUUCCGGUGUGCAUUUCCUUUGUGGUGACCGUACUACAACUUUGAAUUUGAAGACACAUCGGCAAGUUUUCAUUCCAGGCUGGUUUCAGAGAGGCUGGUGAAGAAAAAAGAUGCUGUGAAUCAGAUCAAAACGUUAAAGCUCCUCUGUUUUAAAAAAAACACCUCAAAUAUGUCUAGUAGUCAUGAUAUUUGUGCUGAACGUGAGGUCUCGUCAAAACAUUGUGGAAAACAUACUUGAUCUGGAAGAACAAACAUCAGCACAUUCUUGUCUUUCCAAUGUGUGUUUAAAGUAUUUCUCUCACAAGUGUCACAUGCAGCAUAUGAGGAUCCACACUGGUGAACGACCAUAUCAGUGUGAGGUGUGCAGGAAGUGUUUUUGUGAGAAAAAAUACUUGAAAAGGCACAUGUUAAUUCACACUGGAGUUAAGAAAUUCAAAUGUGAGGUGUGUACGAAAUGUUUCUUACACAGUUUCCUCUUGAAAAGACACACGUUGAUUCACACUGGUGUUAAGCGUUUCAGUUGUGAGGUGUGUACAAAAUGUUUCUCACAAAAUUUCCACUUGAAACAACAUAUGUUGGUUCACACUGGUGUUAAGAAUUUCAAAUGUGAGGUAUGUGCAAAAUGUUUCUUACACAGUUUCCUCUUGAAAAGACACACGUUAAUUCACACUGGUGUUAAGCGUUUCAGUUGUGAGGUGUGUACAAAAUGUUUCUCACAAAAUUUUCACUUGAAACAACAUAUGUUGGUUCACACUGGUGUUAAGAAUUUCAAAUGUGAGGUAUGUGCAAAAUGUUUCUCACAAAAUAUCACCUUGAAACAACAUAUGUUGGUUCACACUGGUGUUAAGAAUUUCAAAUGUGAGGUAUGUGCAAAAUGUUUCUCACAAAAUACCUACUUGAAACAACAUAUGUUGGUUCACACAGGUGUUAGGAAUUUCAGAUGUGAGAUAUGUGCAAAAUGUGUCUCACACAAUACCACGUUGAAAAAACAUAUGUUGGUUCACACUGGUGUUAAGAAUUUCAGAUGUCAGGUAUGUGCAAAAUGUUUCUCACAAAAUAUUGACCUGAAACGACAUAUUUUGGUUCACACAGGUGUUAAGAAUUUCAAAUGUGAGGUAUGUGCAAAAUGUUUUCCAAUCAAUAGCAGGUUGAAACAACACAUGUUGGUUCACACAGGUGUUAAGAAUUUCAAAUGUGAGGUAUGUGCAAAAUGUUUUCCAAUCAAUAGCAGGUUGAAACAACACAUGUUGGUUCACACAGGUGUUAAGAAUUUCAAAUGUGAGGUAUGUGCCAAAUGUUUUUCAAGCAAAGGGAACGUGAAACAUCAUAUGUUUGUUCACACAGGGAAUAAACCUUUCAAGUGUCACAGGUGCACAGAAUGUUUCUUGUACGGUUAUCAGCUGAAACGUCAUCAGUUAAUUCAUGGCAAUUAGAAACCUCUAACACAGACUGGUUUAACUUCAAACACCAUUUUGAAGUGCCUAAUGAGUUUCAUAUUAAUUAGAGAGGUGUGUUGCUCAGUAGAAGUGUGAUCGGCGAUGGAAUUAACACUCGUGAUACCACUAUGCCAGCCUACCCAUAACUUUCACGAACAUCAUGAAUAAGGACGAAUGUAUAAUGGAUGUAUAUGGUUCUUUGUUCGCUGUGGGUGUCAGGACUACACAAGCAUGGCUCUGAACAGCUAUACUACAUUGGUUUUUUGGAAAAUUCAACAUGGCUGCUGCUUAUAGAUUGCGAGAUGUGUCUACCAACGAGCUUAGACUACUGGUUAUAAGAUUUUCAAACGUGAUGUAUCUACCAACGAUCUUAGACUGCUGGUUAUAAGACUUUCAAAUGUGAUGUGUCUACCAACGAUCUUAGACUGCUGGUUAUAAGACUUUCAAAUGUGAUGUAUCUACCAAAAGAUUUUAGAAACAGUAACGUUUUGACAUAGUACUAGUAGAUGCUGGUUAUGAAGUUUUGAAGUGUGAUUGUUCAGACUAUUUUAAUGUCAUUUUUAUGCUGUUAAUAAGAUUUACAAAUGUGAGCUGUGGAUUUGUAUACAAACUAUUUUAGUAUUAAAUGUUGUCAAGCAUAUUUUUUGAUGAUAUUGUAAGUUUCUAAUCUGAUCAUAAACACUUUUUUUGUAAGCUCUGUGUUUAUGAAAAGUAUAUAUCAAUAAAUAACUGAUUUAAAUAUU